AUGGCUCAAUGUAAUGUACUAGAUAAAUUUCGCGACGGCUGUGUGCUAACCUGCGAACCUAAGAACCACAUUAAAGCCGAGAGUACAGGCGUGAGAGCAACAUUUUUCUAUCCGCCUGGAGGCACCUACAAAAGCUACUGGCUUCGAAGCCAGCAUCAUCGCUAUGGAAUUAAAGAGACACAAAAGCAUCUUAUCUAUGAUGGCCAGUGGCGGUAUGGCAAGCGUCACGGCUACGGAACUAUGCGAAACCGCUUGCCAAAUGGCACUGCCGAGCGCAUUUAUGUGGGUGAAUGGCGAGACGACAUGAAGUGGGGGGAGGGCAAGCAAUUUUUUCAUGAUGGCAUCUACUAUGGAUGGUGGGAAAAGAAUAGGCGGCACGGGCUGGGAGUAAUGUGGUAUACCAAUGGCUCAAUUUACAUGGGCGAAUGGGAAGCGGAUGUGAAACAUGGAGUGGGCGUAUUCUUUUAUGAAAAUGGUAAUCUCUAUGAAGGACACUUUGCAAGAGCAUUUAAAAAUGGCGAGGGAACUUUCUACCAUAUGCGCACUGGACAGAUACAGAAGGGUAUGUGGGAGAAUGAUGUGUGUAAGUCGUCUAUGGUUAUCGAUGAGUUCCGUAAUCAGACUGAGAGCCCAACGCCUUAUCCUAUUCCGAAGCUCGGUCUUGAGCAACCAGACAAAUACAUCUGCCAAUUGUUCCAGCAGUAUAUUGCUAACGCGUUUAAGCCAGCAAAGUCAUUCAACGAAUUGAACUGCCUUAGUUUCGCGCACAAAAUGAAGAAAUUCACUAGGUUCGAACCAAGAACAGUUUAUAAUUCAAAAUUUAAAUUUGACGUCACUUGCACUUGCAAUAACAGGGAAAAAUUUAUUCACCUUAGCGAAAAUUGGACUUGA